GACCUGGCUGUAUGGAUGAGUUUCAUCAGAGUGCUAGCUUGCUUCAGAGUCUGAAAAUGGAGUCGACUGUAGCAUCUGAAGUUUCUCUGCUCAAUGCUUCAGUGAAUGAUGCCAUUAUGUCAAGGUUUGGCUACACCAUUCUGGCCGUUAUCAUUGGUUUCUUCUCAGUGUGUGGCAUCAUAUUGAACGUGACGGUGAUCGUGGUGACUCUCCGGCACAGACAGCUUCGUCAGCCGCUCAACUUUGCUCUGGUCAACCUGGCUGUGGCCGAUCUCGGCUGUGCAGUGUUUGGGGGGCUGCCAACAGUGGUGACCAAUGGCAUGGGCUACUUCAGUCUGGGCAGAGUGGGAUGUGUUCUGGAGGGUUUCGCCGUUGCCUUUUUUGGUAUUGCCGGUCUGUGUUCUGUUGCGAUCAUUGCGGUCGAGCGCUCUCUGGUGGUUUGCAGACCCGUGGGUUCGGUUAUCUUUCAGACGAGGCAUGCGGUGAUGGGAGUGAUUGUGGCCUGGCUCUGGUCAUUCCUGUGGAACACUCCUCCACUGUUCGGGUGGGGUGGAUUUGAGCUCGAGGGCGUGAGGACGUCUUGUGCUCCAGACUGGUACAGCAGAGACCCGGGAAACGUCUCCUACAUCACCUGCUACUUUCUCCUCUGCUUUGCACUUCCGUUCUCCGUCAUUAUCGUCUCCUACAUGCGUCUCUUAUGGACCCUACGACAGGUGAGUAAACUGAAGAUGUCAGAGGGGGGAAGCACCGCUCGAGCAGAGAUGCAGGUGGCCUGUAUGGUGGUUGUCAUGGUGAUGGCCUUCCUGCUCACGUGGCUCCCCUAUGCUGCUUUUGCUCUUUCUGUCAUUUUUGACCCCACACUUUACAUUGACCCCAUCAUCGCCACAGUUCCCAUGUAUCUGGCCAAGAGCAGCACUGUUUUUAACCCCAUCAUCUACAUCUUUAUGAACAGACAGUUCAGAGAGCAUGCUGUGGCAUUCCUUCUCUGUGGCAGAAGUGGGUGGUCUACUGAACCGGCGAGGUCAGAGGAAGACACCACCAUCACCUCCAUCACCAGGAGUAACAGAGUCACGCCUUCAUAAUCACAUUGCUUCUUCACAAGUGCAGGACAUAAUGAACCUGGAGCAAGACUAGUGAUGAGGAGUCGCCUCCUAAUAUGCCUGAGAAGUAUUUGACUUUUUAAAUUUGAUGUUCCCAUUGGCUCAGACCACAUCCCUGGUACGGAUGAUUGGUAAAAACAAGCAAAUUACAUUUUAAGAACCAAUAAAGACCACACAACAACUGAAACUGUGGUGCAAUAUAAUGCACAAAGUAUUAGUUUGCUUAAGUUACUCCAAUGUCAUUCUAGAUGUACAUGUCUUUCAUUCUUUAGCCGAACACAAGUUGAGUCAUUUUUAUUAAUAUCCUGGCUCUUUCGAGGGAACUGGAGUCCCUGAAGUUCGAAAAAGUACAUCCAUCCAUCAUAAAAGUAACUCGUAUGACUCCAGGGGAUUAGAACAUGAUCCUGUUUCGAUUGGAAGUAACCUAAGUCUAAGAGUCAAAUCCAUCAACUCCAGCAGUGGGAGGCGAGAGGCUGAGUUGACUCCAGAAAAACCAGGAAUCGAGCACUGAACCUGUAACAUCAGGGGUAACAAUGUCACACCUCCACAGCAUCUAAAGCCCGGAGUAUAGUUCCCUUUCAACAAGUACGCGAGGGACAGCGUACAGUGGGAAUUGCGCAAAUUUCACUAUCAGAAUAAUAGGCGUGAACUGUACGUGCAACACCAGAAUUUUGUAGCUUCGUGUAUAUAGUAAGCGCAGGCUGGACAUGCGCAUCCCAUUUCCUGUCCUGGGAGCAUCAAUUCAAUGUAGUUGAAGAAAGCCUGACCCCUGUCGGCCCGGAGAGAUAUUGCAGGGCUCCAGACUCACUUUUUUACUAGUAGCACUCUAGCCCCUGACAAAAAAUGUAGGGGUACACCUUAAAUCAGUCAGCAAUGCAUUUAUUCAC